AAGCAAGUUUAAACACAAGAAUUCCUCAAGCCUAAAAACGACCAAUCUAUUGAUCAUCUCUCCCUUUCUCUCUGCCUUAGAACAAAAGCUAAGGCAGAGAGGCUAGCUAGUAGCCAGCCUGCAGUGCUCUACCUCCUCAUUGAUCACCAAAACAACAACAAACCAAAAAGUAGUAAAAGUAAAAUAAAAAGAUGGUUUUUCAAGAUUUUGAUCAAAUAUCAGAGAGGAGGAGGUUGGAGAGGCAGCGUAAGUUUCGGAAGAAGCUUAUCAUUGCUUCUGUUGUUGCCAUCAUUUGCAUUAUCCUCAUCGUUGCAUGUACUUAUGCAUACGUUGGGCAGGAGAUAAAAAAUAAGGAUGUUGAUGACCACAGAAAGGCUACCAAGGCAGGAGAUUCAGACCUUGAGGAAGAUCAAGCGACUAAAAAAGGAACAGAUGCAACCCCGCAUGAUGAAAAAGAAAAAGGUGGAGACGAUAAGAAAGGUGGAGACGAUAAAGAUGGAGGGGGCGACGAUAUUAGGGGGACAAAGGAUAUAGCGAACAUUCAAAAAAUGGUGAAAACUGUUUGCAAUUCCUCCACAUACCAAACUAGAUGUCAAACCACAUAUGAUGAAGCUAUCAAGAAAAACUCCUCUAUUACGCCUAAAGACUUCAUCAAGGUUUCAAUUCAGGCAGUGAGCACAGAGAUUCAAAGCGUUAUGAGCAAGAUCAAUAACAUGAAACUAGAUGACGCUAAGGCUCAAGGGGCAUUAGAGGACUGCAAGAAUUUGAUUGCAGAGGCAAAUGAUGAAUUAAAUAGUUCCAUUUCCAUGGCCGGAGAAGACCUUAAGAAGAUGGCUGACAUUGGUCCAGAGCUAAAGAACUGGCUUAGUGCUGUGCUAUCAUUUCAACAAACUUGUAUUGACGGGUUUCCAAACGGUACAACAAAAACUGACAUGGAGAAGAGCUUUAAUGCUUCUAAGGAGUUCACUAGUAACUCACUUGCCGUUGUAGCCACAUCCAAUUCAUUGUUGUCGGCACUUAACAUUGUAUUGCCUGGAGGUGCUAGCCGUCGGCUUUUGGAAAAAGAAUCAUCUUUGAAUGGAGAUGAGUUUCCUAGUUGGUUAACUCAUGAGGAUAGGAGGAUGCUAAAAGGUGAUAGUACUGACAAGCCAAAACCCAAUAAAGUUGUAGCUAAAGAUGGUAGCGGAGACUUCAAGACCAUUAAUGAUGCAAUCAAAGCUAUUCCUGAUAAAUAUGAUGGAAGGUACGUUAUAUAUGUUAAGGCAGGAGUAUAUGAAGAGAGCGUAACCAUAGAAAAGAGGAUGGUGAACCUAACGAUCUAUGGUGAUGGGUCGCAAAAGAGCAUUGUCACCGGAAGUAAGAAUUUCGUCGAUGGUGUUCGAACUUUCCAAACUGCCACUUUUGUGGUACUAGCAAAAGGAUUUUUGAGCCAAGCUAUGGGAUAUAGGAACACAGCUGGGGCCGAAAAGCACCAAGCUGUGGCUAUUAGGGUUCAAGCAGAUAAAGCAGUGUUCUUAAACUCACGCUUUGAAGGUUACCAAGACACACUCUACGCCCAGAACCAUCGCCAAUUCUAUCGUAGUUGUGUGAUCUCUGGAACUGUGGACUUCAUAUUUGGGGAUGCAGCGGCAAUCUUCCAGAACUGCUUGAUUCUUUUGAGAAAGCCAAUGGAUAACCAACAAAACACCAUCACUGCUCAUGGAAGGAUGGACAAGUUCCAGAGCACAGGGUUUGUGCUUCAAAAUUCUAGGAUUGAGCCUGAUAAAGACUAUGAUAAGGGCAAGACGAAGAGCUACCUUGGGCGACCUUGGAGGGACUAUUCUAGAACAGUGGUAAUGGAAUCAACGAUCGAGGACGUGAUUCAACCAGAAGGAUGGUUGGCUUGGGAUGGAGAUAAAGGGCUGAAAACAUUGUACUAUGCAGAGUUUGGCAAUAAAGGACCAGGAUCAAAAACAAACGGCCGAGUUAAGUGGGAUGGAUUCCAUGUCAUUGAUCGAGAUGAGGCAAUGAAGUUCACAGUGACGCCUUUCAUACAAGGAGAAGAGUGGAUUGAUGACAUUGGAGCACAAGUUAAAUAUGGAUUGUUUAGUUAAUUAAGAAAGGAACCAAAUUAAAUGAGGAGGAAAAUGCAAAGAAGCUUUGGCCCUUUGUUUCAAUAUAUUAUCAUGAGCUUUCACACACCACAUAAAAGAAGUUAAAACGCGAGAAAAGAUUAACCUCCAUACUAAAAGAGAUUAAUUAAAAAAAUACUCGAUUUUGGGAGGUUGUUGUUGUGGCUUACGGCACAAUGCCUUUGUGUUGUGUUUAAUCUUUUGUUGUUGUAUUGUAUAUUUGGAUGUUAACAAGAUAUGCAUAGAGGAAGUUAGUCCAUGCAAGCUAUAGUUGGAUUAGAUAAAAUUUCAUCUCAUUUUGUAUUAUUUUGAUGAAGCUCAUUGUCCUCUCUUGUUUUUCUUUUUAUUUUUGCAAUCCUUAACAUCUUUCUGAACCAAUCAUGUAAUGUAAGUAUUCUAUUUUCCUUUUUUAAGAAAAAUUAAACCCCAUU